CUGCUUCAAAAAGCAAUGAUCUUGCAAAAAUACAACUUGCAAGCACCUUCAAAGCUUCUUCAAUGUGGAUAAAAUAUUUUUUAAAACAUUAUAAUCUUGCCUUACAUCGAAAAACAAAAAUCUCACAAAAAAUGCUCGCAGACCUUGAACAACAAUUGCUCAAUUUUCAAUGCCAAAGAUGGUCUAAGACCAAACCUCCUUCUUCUUCUGGUGUAAUUGUAUUUUUUCAUGAAAAGGGUUGGAUGAAUGAACCGGAUAUGCUAGCUUGGACUGAUAGCUAUAUUGAAGGUUGUUCAGGUGGUCAGAAAAAUGAACCUUCUCUUUUAGUAUUUGACUCAUUUAAGGCACAUCUUACUGAUGCAGUUAAAGCAAAGUUGCAUGAAAAUAAUAAUGAUCUGGUUGUUAUUCCGAGCGGCUUAACCUCUGUGUGCCAACUACUUGACGUUUCUAUUAAUCAAUCUUUUAAAGUAGCGCUUUGUCAUUACUGGCAUAAGUGGAUGGCAAAGGGUGGUUCUGGUAAAACCAAGAAAGGGAACUUAAAACGUGCAGAACUGCAUAUUAUUUGUGAGUGGGUACUUUCUGCUUGGGCAGGAAUUGAUCCUGAAAUUAUCCGACAUGCUUUUCGUAAAUGUUCUAUUUCUAAUACGAUGGAUAGGUCAGAAGAUGAUGAAAUAUAUUGUGAUGAAAUCCUUAGCAAUGAAAGUGAAGAAAUUUGCCAAGAUAAACCCUGCCAUAUUUCUGAUGAACAAAAUAUUACUAUAAUCGAUUCCAGUGAUGAAGAAGACUGUGAUGCAAUUAUUGAUAAAGACAACAACCAUGAUGCAAUUAUUGAUGAAGAAGAAGGCCAUGAUAUAACUAUUGUAGAAAAUGAAGAAGUUCUUGUUUUUACAAUAGAUAAGCAGUGA